AUGGAUCUUCUAUUAGUUUUACCUGGCUUUGUAACAAAACCAUUCGCACACAUCCUCCCUCCCCUUGAACGAGCUAAAGUCACCACUGUUGACCUGAUCACUCUCGACUCACUCGAGAUCGCGAAACGUGCCCGCGUACCUCCCGCAGAUGUUCGCCGGCUCUCCUCCUGCAUUGUCGAGGCAUUGCACACGGAUGUUGGCUUCGAAAAGCCACAGACAAAUCCAGGGACCAGCGAUGGACCCAGCUCUAGUAUAAACCCUGGCGCGACGACCAGGAAAGUCGGCUCAACGAAGCGCGCGUCACAAUGGAACACUAUAAGCACUCUUGACCCUGCAAUGGAUGCACUGCUAGGAGGCGGAAUUCCGACCGGGUAUGUCACAGAAGUUACGGGUGAGAGUGGAAGCGGCAAGACCCAGUUCCUCCUAAGCCUCUGCCUCGCCAUCCAGCUACCCAAACCACAGGGUCUACAACGGCGUGCAAUAUACAUAUCAACAGAACACCCGCUAUCUACGCCACGACUCUCGCAGAUCCUAGAAUGCCAUCCUGUCCUCUCAACACUCCCCGCCGAGCAGACACCCUCGCUGCAGGAUAUCCUAUCCAUCAACGCCAUGGACCUGGAGUCACAAGACCACAUCUUGAAUUACCAUCUUCCCGUCGCGAUCGAACGUUACGAUAUCGGCCUAGUCAUCAUCGAUUCAAUAACAUCCAAUUACCGCGCUGAACACGAAUCGAACAGCCUCCACGCCAACGCCAAACGAUCAUCCGAGCUCGCAAAACUGGGUCAUCUACUGCGCAACCUCGCCGUAAAGGAAGACAUCGCCAUCGUGCUCGCGAACCAAGUCUCCGACCGCUUCGAGUCUUUAAAAGGCAGCGAGCCAGCCUCACGGACAGGGUUUCCAUCCAUGAGCCAAACACCAAGUCCCACCAUCCUCUUCCCCGCUAUCUCCUCAUCGCCAUACCACGCACCAGACGAUAAAAACUUCGACGGCUCGUACUUGAUUUCUCCCCGAGUACGUAAUAGCAUGUUGAACGUCGCUCACCAGGAGCGCUUCUACUCUGGCUGGGGGGAUGGCAUAUACCCAGAGAGUGGAUCUCUGAAGAACCCGGCGCUGGGACUCGUCUGGUCAACGCAGAUCGCCUGUCGAAUCGCGCUGAAAAAGGAAGAAUCCCACGCUGUAGGCGUUUCCAUGGGUGAUAGUGCAUAUCCGGCGUCCAUGCAGGAUACAUCCCAUUUCCGAAAUGGGGGAAAUGUCAACACUCAUCAAGACGCGGACUCAAUAGCAAUGCCUGCCCCUUAUCUCAAGAACCGAGUCUCUGACUCGCAGAACGACCUGCCCGCUCCGACCUCUGAAUCUACUACACGGAGGACAAUGAAACUUGUGUUCUCGCCGUGGACGGCAGGCCCGAAGGAUUCACCAAGAAAGGGCCAACCAAGUAGAAGAAGUGGCGAGGUAGAGUUUGAAAUCUGGAAAGGUGGCCUGAGAAGUACGAGUCACGGUGAAUGA